AGCCGGCCGGGACGCGCCAUGGGGGGCCCCUCCGCCCUGCCCCUGCUACUGCUCCUCGCCAGCUGCGGGGCGCCCGGCGGGGCCAACCUCUCCCAGGACGGCUACUGGCAGGAGCAGGAUUUGGAGCUGGGAACUCUGGCUCCACUCGGCGAGGCAGUGAGCUCCACAGUCUGGGGCAGCCCUGACAUGCUGGCCAGUCAAGAUAGCCAGCCCUGGACGUCUGAUGAGACAGUGGUGGCUGGUGGCACCGUCGUGCUCAAGUGCCAAGUGAAGGAUCAUGAGGACUCAUCCCUGCAGUGGUCUAACCCGGCCCAGCAGACUCUCUACUUUGGGGAGAAGAGAGCCCUCCGUGACAAUCGGAUCCAGCUGGUCAGAUCUACUCCGCACGAGCUCAGCAUCAGCAUCAGCAACGUGGCGCUGGCGGACGAGGGCGAGUACACCUGUUCCAUCUUCACCAUGCCCGUGAGGACCGCCAAGUCCCUCGUCACCGUGCUCGGAAUCCCACAGAAGCCCAUAAUCUCUGGCUAUAAGUCAUCAUUACGGGAAAAAGAAACAACCACCCUAAACUGUCAGUCUUCUGGAAGCAAGCCUGCAGCCCAGCUGACCUGGAGGAAAGGUGACCAAGAGCUCCACGGGGAACCAACCCGCGUCCAGGAAGAUCCCAACGGAAAAACCUUCACCGUGAGCAGCUCAGUGACCUUCCAGGUUUCCCGGGACGAUGACGGGGCAGACAUCGUAUGCUCUGUGAACCACGAAUCUCUAAAGGGGGCUGACAGAUCCACCUCUCAGCGCAUCGAGGUUCUAUACACACCAACGGCGAAGAUUAGGCCAGACCCUCCGCAUCCCCGCGAGGGCCAGAAGCUGUUGCUUCACUGUGAGGGUCGCGGAAAUCCCGUCCCCCAGCAGUACCUGUGGGAGAAGGAAGGCAGUGUGCCCCCGCUAAAGAUGACCCAGGAGAGUGCCCUGAUCUUCCCCUUCCUCAACAAGAGCGACAGCGGGACCUACGGCUGCACGGCCACCAGCAACAUGGGCAGCUACAAGGCCUACUACACGCUCAACGUGAACGACCCCAGCCCAGUGCCCUCGUCGUCCAGCACCUACCACGCCAUCAUUGGUGGGAUCGUGGCUUUCAUCGUCUUCCUGCUUCUCAUCCUGCUUAUCUUCCUGGGCCACUACUUGAUCCGGCACAAAGGAACCUACCUGACACACGAGGCCAAAGGCUCGGAUGACGCCCCAGAUGCGGACACAGCCAUCAUCAACGCAGAAGGCGGGCAGUCGGGCGGGGAUGACAAGAAGGAGUAUUUCAUCUAGAGGCGCCCAGCCACCUCCUACGCCCCCAGGGGCCCCGCGGGGACUGCCGGGGCCAUCGCCAACCUGGACUUGUACAGAGCGACCCCAGGGCCGCCCCUCCCGCUUGCUCCCCGGCCCCCCCACCCCCCUGUACAGAAUGUCUGCUUUGGGUGCGGUUUUGUACUCGGUUUGGAAUGGGGAGGGAGGAGGGCGGGGGGGAGGGAGGGUUGCCCUCAGCCCUUUCCGUGGCUUCUCUGCGUUUGGGUUAUUAUUAUUUUUAUAACAAUCCCAAAUCAAAUCCGUCUCCAGGCUGGAGGGGCAGGGGCCCCGGGGUGAGGAAAGCUAAAGGCCCUGAGUGUUAGGAGGAGGGCGAAGGCGGAGGCGUAAGGACAGGGCUCUGAGCCGGGCUGGUGGGGGGGGGGGGUGCCCUCUCCAGCCCCGCGUCCUCCACCUGGCUUUCUCCAGGGAGGGGAUGGGGAGGUGGUGGGCGGAAGCCGCAGGGGGCCCUCCCUCUGCUGGCCAGCCGCACACCCCCAGCUGGGGACAGGGAACCAGGCGCCGCCCCGUCGCCUCCCCCCUCCUCCACCACCGCGGGAGAGGGGCGAGCGGGGGGGGGGGGGGGGGGGGGGUCCCGAGGAGGCGUGACCUGCAGGUGGCAGGCAGCCAGGCAGGGACCCGGGCCUCGCCCCGGGGCGGAUGCAGGCCCCCCGCGAGGAGGCGUGGGUCCUGGCAGAGGACCUCUCAGAGGCAGAGGAAGGAUGGCAGAGACGGCGUGGACCCCUGGGCCCCCUCCACGGCCGGGGAAGCCGGGCCCCUCGGGGGCGGCGCAGAGGAAGGCUGUCCCCUCCCGGCUCCGGCAGCUGUGGGAGCGGCGCCGCUCCGGGCCCCUCGCGCUGACCCGAGCCCCGAGCCCCGACUGUCGCUCGGCAACCACUCCUCCGUGGCAUCGCUCGGCAACCACUCCUCCCCGGCUUGUGCCGCCCGCACCCCUUCCCGUUCCCUCAGCAGCCAGGCAGACAUAACAACAAAAAUACUAAAAGGAGCUUCACUGCACUGAGCCGUUUCCUGCCCAGACGAGGGGAGUAAUGUGAACUCUGCGGGUGUAUGGUUGUCGUGUCUGUGCUUGUGUCUGUGUGUGUGCACGUGUGUGUGUGUGUGUGCGCGUGCGUGCGCGCGCGCGCGCGAAAGAGAGAGGGCCCCGGGGCAGGCGGGCAGGUGGGAGGCGGCAGGACGCGCGAAGGAAGGGCUUCGGGGGCAGGGGAGCCCUGGUCGGGCUGUGUCCCUCGCCUGGGCUGCCGCUGCAUCCCCGCACGUCCCAGGCCACCCUCGGUGCCCGCCCGUCGCGGAGAGAACAGUCCCAGAAUGUGUUUUGCUCGGCUGUCCCAUCUCGCCUCUCCCUCAGACACGGAGCAUCCAAACCCUGCCUCGGUUUCCCUUCUCGGAGCCAUGGAGUCAGUGCCACAGCCUUUGCUAUGCACGCCUCAGGCCUGUCCCCGGCACUGACCCUGGAAUGGCCACGGUCACUUCUCUCCCCGCCCCGUGCGUAGUCGCUAUACCCUGCUCAGCGGGCGCUGGGGCUGAAGCCCGUCUCCUUCCCAUCUCCACCCCUGCCUUCGAUUUUCUGUCUUCCUCUGUUGCCGUGGAGAUGAGGUUGCGCGCCCUCCCUGUCCUGCUGGGGGCGCCCUGCCUCAGAGCCAGAGCCCCUUGGCCCCGCUCCCCGCUCCAGCACGUCCUCCCUGAGGCCUGCCCACAUCCCCCUCAGUUCAGGUAACGCCCUCGCGAAUCUUCCAGCCGCUGGUCAGGGCCCUCGGGCACCACAGGCACCCCCGCCCUCACAGCAGCAAGGCGGCCCAGGGCCCCAGGCCCGUGGGCUCCCUGUCUCCCAGCACCCGCUUUUGGGAAAAUGACCUUUCCUCUUUGAGCUGAACCACUCUGUCCAUAUUACACAGAAGCCAUAUUUGUACGGGGGGGGGGGGGGGGGGGGAGGGGCCGUCGUGCUGUGUGUGUCUGUCUGUGGGGUGGGGGGACGGGAGCAGGGAGGGGAUCGUGUAUCUUUAUAAUCUUUCUAACUCUCCUGUGCUGAUCUCAGAGGGGCCACCCUCAAUAUAUCUGGAUUAUCCGUGU